AUUUAAUGCCCUCCCUUAUUUACUUGCUCAUUUUCUCGGGAAAAUCUAGGAGAGAAAAUUUGAGAAUCGGAGAGGGAGAAAAAGGAAAAAAAAAAAGAAAAAAAAAACAGAGAGAGAGAGAGAGAGAGAGAGAGAAGACAGAGGGGGCAAGGGGAGCUGUAGUUGGAUUGGAUUUUCUUUGAACUUUUAUACCUAUACAUACUCGAAUGGUAGAAGGAAGAAUUAGCGAGAUAAUUAAAUAAAAAAAGUACUGUGUGGGGUUUCGUUUUUCGCCAAUAUAAUAUUAUUUAUUUUUAAUUUUGGUUCUUUCGUUUUACUAUUAGUUACCAGAUCCUCAAGCUGCUCUCAUCUGGGUUGUUAUCUGUGUAAGAACCCUGUUGUAAUUGUACGAUUACCAAUUUAUAUUGUGUAUAAUUUUACAUAAACCUAGUCCAGAAUUUCUUCAAUUCGAGAGGACUGAAGGAGAGGGAGUGAUUUGGGGUGGAGGAUUUGGACUAUUAUCAUCGACUGCUACAGGGACGGGUUAUUCGGGAGUGUGGCCGAUCGUGUCGGUGAUGGCGGCGAAGAGGAGGGAGCGGACUGUGGACGGGCUCUACGAUGAUACGGAGGCGGUUUUAGAGCCGAAGAUCACACCAGUUCUGAGAGGGAGUUGUCGCAUUCAAGGGCCUAUUGAUGAGACUGACAAUGACAUUCGGAGGAAUAUGGUAUCCCCUCGAUCAAGAAAAAGAUUUACCAACUACUUCAUGAAUCAGACAGUUCAUAUGAGAGGCGAGUCUGGAACUUGUAACGUGUGUUCUGCUCCUUGUUCAUCUUGUAUGCAUCUUAAACGAGCUCUUUCAGUGUCGAAAACUGAAGAACAUUCUGAUGAAACCAGUCGUGUAAAUGCUACGACUCAGUAUUCUGCUAAUGAUACCGAUGCUAUAUCCUCUGUAAAGAGUAGAGCUUGUGAUAGCUCACUACAUGCUACAAGUGAGACAAGUAAUCUACUAAGUGUAAACUCUAGCCACGAUUCCUUUUCUGAAAAUGCUGAUAGUAUGGCAACAAUAAGGUCAUCUGAUGCGGCUGAUUUUUCAGCAGACAUUGACAUGCACAAAAAGUUAUUUGGUGGAAUAGUUGCAGAGGGACAUAUUGCUACCGAGUCAUCCAUUCAAGCCAUCUCAGAGACUCAUGAGAGUAUUAAAGGUGCAGAGGGCCAUGAUGACAACAUUUCAUGUGUUAGUGGAUCUAGCAAUGCAAAUAUGGCAGUUGUUUCUCACAAAGAGACUAUGGACAAGAAAAAAUUUUCGUGUGGCUCUGCUUCAGUGGACAGUUUACAUCCAGAAGGAUCUAAUAGGGUAGUAUUUUCCUCCAAGGUAGAUCUUUCCAAGACUCCUGCUUCUACAUACGUUCACAGCAGCUCAACAGAGACUCGUACUCUGCAUUCUAUUUCUACAAGUGGUAGACCAUUAUCUGGAAUGGGUUUUGAACAGGAUCCAUCCAUUUGUGUGAAGGGAGAGCCAUUAGAAUCAUCUUUGGUACAUGAUGACUCUUUAACUCGAGAAGUAGUUACUGCUCCACCUUGUGGUCAGAAAUCCAUUACCAACACUUCCAACGAUGGUGGUGAUGAUUUCAAUGUUUCUUCGCAAUUGUUACUAAAGUCAGAAGAGAUUCUUGUUGAUGGAAGUGAGCCUCCUGAUGGAGAUGUGAAAAAUCAGUAUGAAGAUGAGCGAGAUGAGACUUUCAAGGGCUUGUCAGGGUCACCAGAUGUGAAGGAGUCCCAUUUGCAAUCUACAUCUGGAUAUGAGAGUGAUGAAUCAGAUAUUGUAGAGCACGAUGUCAAAGUUUGUGAUAUUUGUGGAGAUGCUGGUCGUGAGGAUUUGCUUGCUGUAUGUAGUAGGUGCACUGAUGGUGCAGAACACACCUAUUGCAUGCGAGAAAUGCUUGAAAAUGUUCCUGAAGGUGACUGGCUGUGUGAGGAAUGCAAAUCAGCAGAAGAAAAUGAAAACCAGAAGCAAGAUGUUGAAGGGAAAAGUUGCGUUUCCUAUAAAAAAAAGGACGAAGGGAGAAGAACAAAUAUAGUUAGUCCAAGUACCCAAGUUUAUGAUGCUGAGGGAAAAAGAGUAAGCAGAGAUAGCUCAAGCAUGAGAAAUUUUGGCAAGAAGAACGUGGAAAAUGUUGAUGUUUCUGUAACUGCAAAAAGACAGGUCCUUGAAACUAACAAAGACUCAACAAAAGCAUCCAGCCCCAGUAGGAAUAUUGGAUUGACCCGUGACUCUUCAUCAAAAAGCUUAGAUAAAGGGAAAUUGAUGCUUUCUCAAUCAAAGUGUUUGGGUGAUCAAUGCAGUAAUGACAUUACAGAAAUGGCACGCUCACCAUCUGUCGGUCCUAGACUUCAGACACUAAAGGGUACCCUUUCAAAGUCUAAUUCGUUCAACACCUUUAAUUCCAAACCAAAGGUUAAACUUGUAGAUGAGUUUAUACCUCAAAAGCAGAGGGCAGGUAGAGAACAUACCUCCCUUGACGUUAAGGAGGGGCCAGCCAGAGCAUUAGGAAAAUCUCAGUCGUUCAAAAAUCCAAAUUCCAGCCGUAUAAGCAUGAGUGAAUCAAAAGUUAAAAUGCUACCAUCUAAAUUUUCUCACGUCCAGGAUCCAAAAGGUAUAAAACAAGUGAAGGACAGGAAUAUAUUUGAUAGGAAAAAUCCAUCAAAAGUAGAUCGGUCCUGGAUUGGUUCGGUAACAACAAGUUCUGCAGUCUCUACGUCUAAGGUUGAUCAAAAGCUCUCAAUGCGUGGUGAAACAACUUUGGUAUCACCUGUGAGCAAUAAUCGUGAUCAAAAAGUUUUGCAAUCUGAUGGAGUCUCAAGUACUCACCCAAAAUUGAAAAGCAGUCUAGUUCAUAAGGGUGUUGAUAAUCCACUUGGUUCAGUUAGAGCUUUAUCCUCCAAUGGAAUAUGUAGUUCUUCUCCUGUUGAUCAAAAGACAAAUCAUGUUAGUCCCAAGGAAGAACCAUUAUCUAGUUUCUUAACUGUUGAGAGACCACCUUAUACUGAAAAUGGAAGGUCACGAGAAAUGACAGGGCAAGAUGAGAAAAAUAGGGAGAGUUCUGCGAGUCUAUCAAACCCCACUGUCUCUAUUAGUCCAAGAAGUGGUCACUGUCAAAAAUGUAAAGGAACGGAACAUGCUACAGAAUCAUGUACUAAUGGUAGUUCUUAUGUUGCUGAUAAUAAUAUAGUUAGCUCUAGAGAGGAGACACAUGAAGAUAAUAAGCUGAAAGCUGCAAUUCAGGCAGCAUUGCUUAGAAGGCCUGUAAUAUACAAAAAGCGAAAAUUUAAUGACCAAUCUGAUGAGGUUUCCUCAUCAAGCACAGUCUUGAAUAGUGAUACGGUGCAUCAAGAUCAAUAUUCAUUGUCAAACAAGUUAAAAAAUGAUAUUUCUGCUGAAAGAGCAUAUGAAGGGAAGACAGUCGUCAGUAGUUCUACCACUAACUGCCAUAGGCAACCACCUGCAAGUAUUCCAAAGCCACUUGCCAUUCCCAUUCCUGAUAUUCCUGUUCCUUCAAAUUUGGAGGAUACAGAUUCAACUGCCAUACAUGUUGAAAAGGCUUGGAUUAAAGAUUUGUCUGGUCAUGGUUCAACAACCUCGCUUUUCCUGAAGAUGUCAGUGAUUCCGGAGUAUGAAUAUAUAUGGCAGGGUUGUUUUGAGUUACAUAGAGGUGGGAAGCUUCCAGAUUUCUGUGAUGGAAUUCAGGCUCAUCUGUCAACUUGUGCAUCGCCAAAAGUUGUUGAAGUGGCAAACAGACUUCCACACAAUAUUUGUUUGAAAGAAGUACCUCGCUUGAGCACCUGGCCCACCCAAUUCCAUGACUGUGGUGUUAAAGAAGAAAAUAUUGCUCUUUACUUUUUUGCAAGAGAUAUUCACAGUUAUGAGAGACACUACAGAAGCUUAUUGGAUCAUAUGAUCAAGAAUGAUUUAGCACUCAAAGGAAACCUCGAUGGUGCUGAGCUCUUGAUAUUCACUUCAAAUCAGCUUCCUGAAAGCUCACAACGUUGGAAUAUGCUGUUUUUCCUAUGGGGCGUGUUUAGGGGAAAGAAGGUGAACUGUUCAGAUGCAUUGAAGACUUCUAAUAUUUGUAGUACAGAUGCUGUGCCUUUAGACAAGGACUUCCCUGAUACCACAGCAACAAAGUCUGACAAUGUUUGUUUGCCGAAGUGUGUAGAUGGAGAAUCAUUUGCUUGUGAUAGAUCUCCCAAAUCAAGCAAAGCAUCCAGUUUGGUGGACCAAACUUCUGACACAAUUAGCAGUGAUGGUCACAAAUGUGAAUCUUCUUUUCACCAGACGCAAUUGAAUUCCCUUGAAACUUCUGGCCAUCAGGGUGGUCAGUUUGACCUGAAAGCAUCAUCAAUGAUAGCUACUAGUAUGGAAUUUUGUCAAGGAGCGGCUAGCUCUACUCCCACGAAAGAAUCUGGUCGUUCAGAGUGCAUACGAGGCGAGCAAUUUGAACCAUCUAUUCAAGUUAAAGAAAUUGUAGGAGUUAAUGAUGAUAGGAAGUUGAAGCUGGACUUCGGUGCAGCAGAAGAUAUGCCGCCAUAUAUUAAGACCACCGAUGACAUGAAAAAGGCGAGUGCUGGUGAGAAAAUUGUAGAUAGAUUGGUUUGUGAAGGAGAGAGAGUUGUGCUCCACACGGCAGAAGGGAUUUCAGACUCCGAAGCUCUUUCGAAAAGAGAUUUAAAUAUUGAAGGAAUCAAUUGUCUGGAGUCCCAUCACAGAAAAUGUCGACACAUCGAUAUCUUAGAGUCGUCAGCACCUCCGGUUUCUUUUGGUGCUAAAAGACGUACUUCUUGGGAUGAGGUUGAUUGUAUAGUGCUGGAUGAAGAUAAUGUCAGCAAAAAGCCGAGGACAGGCUUUGGAAACUCGUAUGAAAAUAGUAGCAGUAGUUCAGGUGGUAUGAUUUCCCAAUCUGAUGCUUACGUCUCAUCAAGCAAUGAUAUUGGUCCUACGUUUUUAUUUCAGAAAAAGGGUGGUGGUAAAACUUAUGAUGUGAACGUUACUCCAGAAGAUUUUGAUACUGCUGAAAAGCACUUAUUUCCCGUGGAUUCAUCACAUCAAAUAGACUUAACACUUCCAGCCAAAGACGAGGAUCAAUAUCGCGAUGCAGUGCCAAACCUCGAGCUUGCGUUGGGUGCAGAGACUAAGCUACCAAAGAAGAGUAUGAUCCCUUUCUUUAUGGGUUUAGUGGAUGAGAAACAUAACCUCAGCGAGUCCUCAGAAAAGGCGAUAGAUGGCGAAGAAGAUGACGACUCUACGUCCCUAACAUUGUCUUUGUCGUUCCCAUUCCCAGACAAGCAACAAACGGGGAAAACCGUUUCGAAAUCAGAACAGCUGCUACCCGAUCGGCGGCACGUGAAUACUUCACUGCUUUUGUUUGGGGGUUUGUCAGAGAAAUAGGCAUGAUGUUGUUGUUACUCACAUCUUUAUGGUGUCGGAAUUGGAUUCGGCAAAAUGUAUACCAGGUUAUGUUAGUUGAUCUUUCAAGGGCUCUUUGCGAGAACCCGCUUUCCCAUCUGUUCAUAUCCCUCUCAAAAGUAUAUACCAGUAAUUAUUUUACCCCCUUUUUCCCCUUUUUCUGGGUUCUGCUUUUAGUUUAUUCAUAUUUGAGCACUUUUGAUUUCAAGAUCAGAAUUACGGCCGUUUGUAUAUAUAAGUAGAACUGCAACAGAAAUAAUAUUUGCUUGUUAACAGUCGGGUAUUACAGACCAAUACUUUUGUCUC